GCCAAUCAGCGCUCACGUGAUAUGACAGAUCAUUGACAGUUAUUUUUAUAGCAGUGCAACAACAUUUUUGCUUUUAUUUAUAUUUUUAUGACAAAUUUAGUUGUUAGCCAAGUUCGUCAACUACAAUGGAAAAUUCUCCAUUAAAUAAGGCUCACCAGUUGGACAGACGGGCCGAAGCUCUCUUAAAACAGAAAAAAUUCGACGAAAGCAUGGAAUGCCACAAAGACGCUAUGCGAUAUUUGCACGAUUCGCUACAGUUAACAGACAACGCACGGUCGAGAGAAUCACUCCAGCUUCAGAUAGACAGUCACCAAAAGCUCGUCGAUUCGUUAAAAAUAAAGAAAACGCAGUUUGAAGAUUUGCGUCGGUAUCAGGAAUCGGUGAAAAACAGGGUUGUAAAUUUUGAGUGUGAGAGUGGGGAGACGCUUCAGCAAGAAAUUUAUAGAACGAUGGAAACACAUGACUCUCUGAUUGAAGUUCUUAUUAAGAGGAACUGUGAUGAUGAAUACAUGGCGACGUACGUAACUGACGAGGAGAAAACUACCACUAGUGAUACUUGUGAUGGCCUAAACAUUUCUGGGAAAAAACGACAAGUUGAUGUAAUGACACAUCUGGAAGAGUUUAGAGGGUUGAGUGAAAAGUUACGAGAGUUGGUACAAGCGCUUGUAGUUCAACUGGAAGAGAGAGAAAACGAAAUUGCGCGAUUAAAAGCCACGGUUUAUAAGUUGGAAUGUGAGAAGAAUAAAGAUGGCGCCAAGACUAGUAAUACUUUGAAAGUGAUUACUGACUCCUCUGGGGGUACUUCUCCAUAUGUGUUUUCACCAUGUAGUGAGUUGAGUCCUGAAGUCCAUGAGAUUCGAGGUCUUCCAUCUUUAGCUCCAUUAGAAAUGCCCAAUUUUGACUUUUCGAGCUUAAUAAAGAACACUAAUAACCUGAACCUAAAUGGUACAAAUAACUGAAUUGCAUGAACUGUGCUUCAGGAAAAAAUUGUUAUGCAUCCCUACAAGGGAAAGCCUUUAUAUUGGUCCUUAAAACUGAGAAACCACCAGAAUUUGCUGACGUUCUGUUGAUUUCUCUCGUGACCGAUAAGUAUUAAUAUUUACAAAAAAAAACAAUGUAAUUGUGUUCAAAAUUGUGGUUGGAAACAUGUAGCAAAUUCAAAUUUGGUGUUUAUGUUACCUAUAGUUGUUAUUUUUAAAUUAUUUUAUUUUUGUGAGGCUUUAAUGAAAAUAUUUUUUAAUCUAUUACACCCUUUUAAAACUGAUGUGAAUAUUAACUUGUUAAGUCAAUAAACAUUCAGAAAAUUUUAA